AUGCCUAUUUUGUAUCUUACCAAUUUUAUGGGCCUUGUCGACGGGGAGCAAGUGUCUCGUGAAAAGUCAGCGAUCAGUUUCUUCAAACAAGUCAAGGAUCAUGCCAAAGUUGAUUACUCCGACAUGAUCCUUUUCGACGACGAGGCGGUGAAUAAUGAUAUUACGCAUGAGCUCGGCAUUACUUUUCAGAUUUUGAAGUACAAAGACGGAUUAACCUGGGGGGACUAUCAGCGCGGCAUAGAUAUGUGGCAACGCGCCAAAUCCAUCAGAUCGCCGUACAAGGGACAAAUCCUAUCACAUUACCCCCUAGCACUCCCCAUAGGCUAUGCGGCGGUCGACGAAGGAACCUUACACCUCCUGGAAAAAGGAGAAAGCUGGGUGGACACCAAUGACUCAGCGAGAUGGGGCUAUGGGAUGUAUCUUACCGAUAAUCCGGCCAUGUGA